AUGUCAGACUUGUACGAGCAGAAUUUCCGACCGCCGCAAGGAGAUCUAAAUAGAGCGGUCCAAGUGGGGUGCACCUAUGAGCGCUUCCUGGCGCAUAGGACUCCUGCCUUUACUGGGGAGGAGGAUCCAAUGCGAGCUAGGAGGUGGAUUCUAGAUUUGGAAAGGACCUUUGAAGUCUGUGGGUGUACUGAGGUCCAGAUGGUUUUGUAUGAAAGUUAUAUGCUACAAGGUGAAGCAGCAUACUGGUGGGAGACCAAGCGGUCACUCCUAGAAAUGGAGUUCGGAUCCUUGGCUGUUGUGUCCUGGCAGCGGUUUAAAAAGGAAUUUGAUGAUCGAUACUUUCCUGUUUCAGUGAGAAGGCAGAAGGCUCGGGAGUUUAAUAAUUUGGUUCAAGGAGGUAUGACGGUCGAGCAAUAUGCAAUGAAAUUUAUGGAGCUUGGACGGUUCGCUCCUCACCUCAUUGCCACCGAAGAGCUGCAGGUGGAGCGUUUUAUGGAGGGUCUACGCCCUGAAGUACGCAGACAAGUGGCUUGUCUCCAGAUUGUGGAAUUUCAGAAGUUGGUAGACUUGGCCAGUAUCGCAGAGCACGAGAGUAGCUUUGUAGUGGGCUCCCCUCCAGGUCAGAAAAGACGGAGUUAUCUUGGUGAAGGAAGCAGUUCUGGAUCGCCACAGAAAUUUGUUCAGAGGACCGGGACCCGUCCACAGACAACCUUCGGUGUUCGUGCAGGAGGCCGGACUCCAGUAUGCCCGAGAUGUAGUAGAGCCCAUGAGGGCGAUUGUGGUCAAAGGGGCAUUCAGUGUUUUAGAUGUGGCCAGCCGGGUCACUUUGCUCAGGAGUGUCCCAGUCUAGUUCAAGGAGGUCAAGGAGGACGAGGAGGUCGUCGAGGUGGAAGGGGCAACCAGAGACAGUUGGUACAAGCCCGAGUUUAUGCAGUGACUCCUGGCGACGUGGAUUAUGAGGCUCCAGAGACCCAUGAUGCUGGAGUGAUUACUGGAAGAGUUCGUCUAUAUGAUUUUUAUGCUUGUACUUUGUUUGAUUCUGGGGCGUCCCAAUCUUUUGUGUCUGCCACGUUUGCACGGAUGUGCAAUUUGGUUACGGAACCUCUACCACAAUCCUUAGUUGUGGCUCUUCCUAAUGGCGAGAUCGUGUGUUGCUCCAAGGUUGCUUUGGGUUGUCCUUUGGAUCUUGGUGGAAGGACACUGGAUGCAGAUUUGAUUGUAUUCAAGUUGCUUGGUUUUGAUAUAAUUUUGGAUAUGGAUUGGCUGUAUCGUUAUUCUGCGAAUAUUGAUUGUAGAAGACGAGUAAUUGGUUUUCAACUUUCGGAUGAGGAUUAUUUAGAAUUCGUGGGAAGUAAGUUAAAGGCAAGACCAUCAGUUAUAUCAGCAGUUCAAGCUAAGAAAGAUAUAGCUUGUGGGGCAGAUGCUUUUUUGGCCCAAGUCGCGUCUACACCAUCUGAGAAGAAAUCUUUAGCGGAUAUUCCAGUGGUGGAAGAAUUUCCCGAUGUGUUCGUGGAUGAGUUACCUGGAUUGCCUCCCGUUCGUGACAUGGAAUUUGUUAUUGAUCUGGAACCCGGGGCGGCUCCUGUGCAUAAGGCUCCUUACCGCAUGGCACCGGCCGAGUUAAAAGAGUUGAAGACACAAUUGCAAGAAUUGGUUGACAAAGGAUUUAUUCAGCCUAGUACUUCGCCCUGGGGAGCGCCUGUUUUGUUUGUCAAGAAGAAAGAUGGUACUCUCAGAAUGUGCAUAGACUAUCGGGAGCUUAACAAGGUGACUAUCAAGAACAAGUACCCUCUUCCAAGAAUUGAUGAUCUGUUUGAUCAGCUUCAAGGAGCAGCUGUCUUUUCGAAGAUUGACUUGAGAUCAGGGUACUAUCAGCUGAGGAUAAGGGAUAAGGACGUGCCCAAGACUGCUUUCAGGACGAGGUAUGGCCAUUAUGAAUUUAAGGUGAUGUCUUUUGGGUUAGCGAACGCUCCGGCCACUUUUAUGGAUUUAAUGAAUCGGGUGUUUCGACCCUUUUUGGACUCUUUUGUGGUGGUGUUUCUUGACGACAUUCUAAUUUAUUCCCGAGACUUGGAAGAGCAUGCUUGUCACCUUCGUCUGGCGCUUGGGAAAUUAAGAGAGCAUCAAUUGUACGCUAAGUUGAGCAAGUGUGAAUUCUGGUUAGAAGAAGUUAAGUUUCUUGGACAUGUGAUUUCUCAAGAAGGGGUGGCUGUAGAUCUUAGUAAAGUAGAAGCUGUUUUGUCAUGGCCUCGCCCUUCAACAGUUCGUGAGAUACGAAGUUUCUUGGGACUUGCCGGUUACUAUCGAAGAUUUGUGGAAGGUUUUUCUCGACUAUUAGGACCUCUCACUGCCUUGACUAGGAAGAAUACAGAGUUUGUAUGGUCUGACAAAU